AGGUUUUUCAUUUUCAUCGCCGACAACUGUAUCACGGGGAAAAGACAAAUGGUUCUUAUAUAUCAUUGGAUGUAGCGGAAUUGAAGAUUCCUUGCUAAGGUGUGCGAAUUCCGUGUCCACCAGCUGUAGCUAUGAGACUAGAGUUAUGUGUUACCAACCAUUAAAUAGUGAAGACACCACCACUUCACCAGUACCUGUGGAGGAAAAGUGUCGCCUAGCCCCGAAUGUGGAUGUAGGUGCAGUCACCCCAGGGGAAGUGGAGGGCAUCAAGUUUGGAGACACUUAUACCAGUCGUUAUGAAUAUACCAACUGGAAGAGCAUGCGAGUCCAGUUUACAAUGUCAAUUGAGUUUAAGACCACCAGCAGUGGAGGAGUUAUAAUGUACGCUGUUGGCUGGAGAAAGAUAGACUUUUUUGCCCUCACUUUGAAGGAAGGACGUCUUGUCUUUUCUUUUGACUGUGGUUCAGGGGCAUUGAAUCUUGAAACAGACCAAACCUAUAAUGAUGGUAAAUGGCACACAGUAGACUUUGGUAGAGUCGACAAAUGGGGCAAAAUUUCAGUGGAUGGAGAAACUCCAAAGGAAGGCAUAUCCCCUGGUGGUACGAAGGCACUGAAUGUUAGAAGACCGUACUUUUUGGGGGGUAUCACUCCACAGCUUCAGGGACAUGACAAAAUAAAGGGACAUCUACAGGGUGUUUUAGGCAGUUUUGAUGGAUGUAUCCGCAACAUGAAGAUUAAUGAGAACAGCUUUGGAGAACCUGUGCGGGAACAGAAAGUCAGUCAAUGUGUAGCUAACCUAGAGCAAGGAACCUUUUUCAAUGACCAGGGAGGAUACAUCACUUUGUUUGACGACUAUGAAGUGGGUCUUGAUUUUGCAUUUAAUCUGGAUAUCAGACCCAAAAAUCUAAGUGGUGUCAUCUUGGCAGUGCACGGUUCAAGUAAAAGUGAUGACUUUAUUCUCUUACAGCUAGUGGAUGGAAAGGUCAUUGCCACGGCUGACAAUGGUUUGGGGGAGGUAACUACUACAUACGUCCCCCGCUCGGAGAACGCUCUGUGUGAUGGAGAGUGGCAUAAAAUCAGUGUGAACAAGGCUAAGAAUCUCCUGUUGCUGACUGUGGAUGGAAUGAAUGCUCCUACUGGAACCGGGCCAAGAGGAUCUUUAGAAAUUCAUACUCGUGACCCAUUAUACAUCGGCGGAGUUCCAGAUUUUAACCGGCGUAGUAUUUUGGUCGACAGAAAUUUUUCUGGAUGUAUGCGUAACUUUGAGAUCAGACGUGGUAAAGAUGAUUCGUACCAACCCAAAUACUUUGCAGGAGCCAAGGCUAUAACUGGGAAUAUAACACUCAACAAGUGUCCUUUAAACUGAACUCAAAAAACUGUAUCAAUUAACAGGUGUCAGUUAAAUUGAACUCAAAACCAAUCUCAUUGUAUAAGCAAUAAUUUUAAGACAAUGGGAUUUCUUACAAAUUAAGAGGGUAAUUCUAACUGAAAUUCUAGAUCAGUUUAUAGCCUUCAAAAAUGUGAAAAAAGUAUUUGCUAGAAAAGUUCUCAUCUUAUAAAAUUAAUUAUUUGAUCCAUAUUUAGAUAAAGGAUAUAGUUUCCUGUUCAUUGUACAAUAAAACAUGAACAUCACCUGUACAUGCAUGUAUUAUGUACAUGUAUCAUGAUCUUGCAUAU